AUGUCGAACGUAACAGAUCUACGCAACAACUCCACCUCCUUCACCUCAAGCACUUCCACCGACAACCACGCUCGUCCGCCCUUGCAAGCUCCUCAAGAGCGCAACAACCGUUCCUCGUUCCUCUUCUCCUCUCUUUCCUCAGCUGCGAGCUACUUGGCCGAUCCCGUGCGAUAUACAGUCUCGGGCCUUGUCCGGCGGAUCUCCGAAGACGAGGCGCCCACACCACUAGCACAGGCUCUCUCUGCGAAUUACAAUGGUUCCAUGACCGAUCCCACCACAGGCGUCUACCAUCCCCAGAAACCCAUCAUGCGUCGCAAAUCGCCGUUCCAACCCCCACCUCUCACACCACUUACCUUGGAUGGCUACAAACGCAGCACGACUGGGAGUGCUAGAUUACUGAAACGGGCGGUGGCUGAAGAGAUUAGGCUGUUGGUCCCACCACGACUACAACUUCAGGAUACAUGGCACUUGACGUAUUCUCUGGAACAAGACGGCAGCACCCUCUCGACAUUAUAUUCAUUAUGUGACGCUCACAGAGGGAAGCGGGGAGGCUUUGUUGUGGUUGUACGAGACGGAAGUGGAGGCAUCUUCGGUGCAUAUCUCUCUGAUGCACCGAGGGUACAACCGCAUUACUUUGGCAGCGGGGAGUGCUUCCUCUGGCGAGCUCUAGUGCUACCUGCUUUGCCUGAUCUCGCGGAUCUGCCGCCGCCUCCGAGUGCAGAUACAACGCAUGCACAGCGAAUGACUACAGUGGGAAUGGGAAGUCGAACGCCGAGCACCGCGAGUCUGGCGAGUUUGAAUGUGCCGACAGGGAAGAAGACGAAUGGACUUCCUGCGAAGAAGGAACAGCGGAUUCGAUUCAAAGCUUUCCCAUAUACUGGAGAGAACGACUUUAGCAUUUUCUGCCAGCAGGAGUAUCUGAGUGUGGGUGGUGGGGAUGGUCAUUACGGGUUGUGGUUGGGGCAGAGUCUGAGCGAGGGUGUCAGUCAAACUUGUCCGACGUUCGGGAACGAGGGGUUGAGCGAGGAGGGCAGUAAAUUCGAAGUUCUGGGCGUUGAGGUGUGGUAUAUCGGAAGCUGA